AUUUCCUGUUUUGCAGAAGAGAGCGGCGUCUCUUUGCUGCAGCUGAUCGGAGACCCGCCACCAAACGCGAUCACCAGGGACUAUGGGCCGAGCGGCGAGACUGCCUACGUCUUCACCUCGGCGGCGGCGUCGGGCCAGCCGGCUCUGGCCCACGUCCCCAACCCUUUUUACCGCCACUUUUCCCUCAUCUUUCACAUCAAGCCCUCCAGGUCGGCCGCCUCCGUCCUGUUCUCCAUCACAGACGGACCUCAGAGGCUCAUGUACAUCGGCGUGAAGCUCAGCGCGGUGCAGUCGGGCCGCCAGAAGGUCCAGUUCUUCUACACGGAACCCGACUCCGAGGCGUCGUACGAGGCGGCCAGCUUCACCGUGCCGAGCCUGGUGGACACCUGGAGUCGCUUCUCGCUGGCGGUGUUCGAGGAACAGGUGACCUUCUACCACGGCUGCGACUCGGAGCCUCAGGUGGUGAAGUUCGAGCGCUCGCCGGAUCCCAUGGAGCUCGACAGCGCCGCCGGGAUCUUCGUGGGUCAGGCAGGAGGAGCCGAUGACGACAAGUUCCAGGGUUCCAUCGCGGAGCUGAAGGUGGUGGGAAACCCUCGGGCGGCCGAGCGCUUGUGUGACGACGAGGACGACGCAGACGCUGCGUCUGGCGACUACGGCAGCGGUGAAAGCGACAGGAGGCAGUCGGGACAUUCAGCCAAGACCACCCCGGCAUCCUUCCGUCCGGUGCCCGAGCCGCCGCUGACGUCCUCGCAGGGAUCCAGAGUCAAAGAAUCAGGUCCCGGCGGUGCUAAAGGUGAGAAAGGCGACCGAGGGGAGAAAGGCCUGAGGGGGGACCGAGGCCCCACCGGACCGAAGGGAGAACCGGGCUCUGGCUCUGGUUCUGGUUCCUCUUCUGGGGGUGGAGGACAGAAGGGAGAAAAAGGUGCAAAGGGGAGCUCCGGCUUCGGAUACCCCGGCAAUAAGGGUGACCGUGGGGCUCAGGGGCCUCCGGGGCCCCCUGGUCCUCCAGGACCUGCAGCUGAGGUGGUCCGACUCGGCGAUGGCUCGGUUGUGCAGCAGGUGGCCGGACCUGCAGGACCGCCAGGACCAGCGGGGGCUGAUGGAGCCGCAGGACCUCCAGGAACUGACGGGGAGCCGGGCGAUCCGGGCGAGGAUGGAAAAGCUGGUCCUGCUGGACCUCGAGGUUUCCCAGGAACUCCAGGAUCUGCUGGUGCCAAAGGCCAAAAGGGUGAACGUGGAGAAGCUCAGCCUGGACCCAGAGGCCCUCCAGGCCCACCAGGACCUCCUGGACCGGGCAACGGUGAUCGCCCUACGUUCUUUGACAUGGAGGGCUCCGGAUUCCCAGACUUGGACAGAAUGCGGGGUCCCCGUGGCCCCCCUGGUCUCCCAGGUCCUCCAGGCCCUCCUGGUACUUCAGUGGCAUUGGGAACUAAUGGUGCAGUAGCCUUUGGACCUCCUGGACCGCCUGGACAAGACGGGGUUCCUGGUCUACCAGGCCCACCUGGUCCUCCUGGUCCACCUGGUCGACCUGGAACAGUGAAAGGUGAAAAGGGUGACAGCGGUGAACUCGGUCUUCCAGGAGCAGCUGGAGAAAAGCAAAACGCACAAGACUCCGGCUUUUUCACCGGCCUCUUCUCUUACUUUACUCCAUCCUCUACGGUGUGUAGUGGGUCGCAGGGUGCUCAGGGCGACCCGGGACAGACGGGUACACCUGGACAGACGGGUCUGGCAGGGCUUCCAGGCCCAAUGGGACCAAUUGGGCCUCCAGGGCCUCCAGGACCACCAGGACCACCGUACCGAGUUGGCUAUAACGACCAAAAUGGAUAUGAGGUGUUCAAUGGCGGGACUGGAGUUGGAGGCCCACCUGGACCUCAGGGUCCACCUGGUAUUGCAGGUCUGCCUGGUAAACCAGGUUUACCAGGUAGCCAUGGAAAUAAAGGAGCAGAAGGACCACGAGGGCCACCUGGUAUCUCGGGUCUGGAUGGAUUCCCUGGACAGCAGGGUGAAAAGGGCGAAAGAGGAGUAAAGGGCGACAUGGGUCUACCAGGACGAGAUGGGGGACCACCUGGACCUCCAGGGCCUCCCGGACCUCCAGGACAGACUGUGUACCAGCCGACAGGAGAUUAUAACGACGUUUAUUGGAACGAAGGGGGGCAGGGAGGAGGUAUUCCAGGUCGAGCAGGAUUCCCGGGGCCCAUUGGUCCAAAAGGAGACAAAGGGGAAUCAGGUCCUCCAGGAUAUGCACCUAAGGGAGAGAAAGGAGAACCGGGCCUCAUCAUGGGGCCUGAUGGGAGACCUUUGUACGUCGGAGGCCUGCAAGGGAAGCCGGGUGAUCCAGGACUGCCCGGCCCAGAGGGACCUCCAGGUCCGUACGGUCCAUCAGGUCCGAAGGGGGAGAUCGGUUUACCCGGCAGACCGGGUCGACCAGGACUGAACGGCGCCAGAGGAGAGAAGGGAGACUCAGGCGGUGGGUCUGGAUAUGGCUACCCUGGCCCUCCAGGUCCACCGGGGCCUCCUGGACCUCCUGGACCUUCUGUUCCAGUCGACGGAGCCAGAGGAUAUGAUGAUUAUUCCAGGUAUUUCCCAGUUAAAGGAGAUAAAGGGGAUCCAGGACCACCAGGGACUCUUGAAAUUCCAGGUUUUGGGUCAAAUGUUGACAUUUACACUCUGAAGUAUCAGCUGAAAGGUGACGUGGGCUCGAAGGGAGAGAAAGGAGAACCAGGUGGAGGAUAUUACGACCCUCGCUAUGGAGGCAGUGGAGUCGGAGCCCCAGGAGCUCCUGGACCUCCGGGCCCUCCGGGUGACCCCAUCGUCGGCCCACCAGGCCCUCCGGGGCCACAGGGACCCCCAGGACGGGGCUACGAUGGACAGCCUGGACCACCGGGGCCUCCUGGACCUCCAGGACCGACGCUGUCCGGGACUCACAGGGGAACACAGACGAUCAGUAUUCCUGGACCCCCGGGACCACCCGGAGCUCCUGGACUACCUGGACACUCCUCAGGGGUGACAGUGUUGAGGUCUUAUGAAACCAUGGCGGCCACAGCGAGAAGACAACCUGAAGGCUCUCUGGUCUACGUCAUAGAACAAACCGACCUCUACCUGCGGGUCCGAGAUGGAGUUCGCCAAGUGCAGCUUGGAAGCUACAUUCCUUUGCCCAUUGGCGAUGGUAACGAGGUUGCAGCUGUGGAGCCUCCUCCAGUCGUCCCGUACUACCCGGACCACCACCACAACAACCCCGGCACCGCCACCCACGAGUCCCAGAGGCCACCUGAGAAUCCGGUGGAGACGCAGCCACAACCGCAGCCAGAGCAGCCUUAUCCCGAUCCGCGGUACCAGCCGGAUCCUCGGUACCAGCCUGAGCAGCCUUACCCCGACCCCAGGUACCAGCCGGAGCAGCCUUACCCCGACCCCCGGUACCAGCCGGAGCAGCCUUACCCCGACCCCCGGUACCAGCCGGAGCAGCCUUACCCCGAUCCUCGUUACCAGCCUGAGCAGCCUUACCCUGACCCGCGGUACCAGCCAGAUCCUCGGUACCAGCCAGAUCCUCGGUACCCGGCGCCAACGGAUCCCAGGUUCCCGAGCUACUCCGACCGGUUAAACCAGCCAGACGGGAGGUAUUCUGUCCCGGAGAGCCGCCAUCCGGUCACCCCUGCACGAAGACCGCCUCCACCAGUACCACAGACGCCACUGCACCGCCACACCUCCGGACCGGGGCUCCACCUGGUGGCCCUGAACAGCCCUCAGACCGGCGCCAUGAGGGGCAUCCGAGGGGCAGAUUUCAUGUGCUUCACUCAGGCUCAGGCCAUCGGGAUGAAGGGAACUUUCAGGGCCUUCUUGUCCGCCAGACUGCAGGAUCUCCACAGCAUCGUCCGCAAGGCCGACCGGGACAGUAUGCCGAUAGUCAACCUGAAGGACGAGGUUCUGUUUGACAGUUGGGACGCCAUCUUUAAUGAUGGCAGAAUGAAGGACCGUGUGCCCAUCUACUCCUUUGAUGGCAGAGAUGUUCUCAGCGACAGUGCAUGGCCGGAGAAGACGAUGUGGCACGGCUCGACCAGCGGCGGCCAGCGACACGUCGACAGCUUCUGCGAGACGUGGCGGGUGGGCGAGCGGGCGCUGACCGGCAUGGCGUCGCCGCUGCAGGGCGGCGGCGGCCUGCUGCAGCAGAGCUCCAGCAGCUGCUCCAGCUCCUACAUCGUGCUGUGCAUCGAGAACAGCUACAUCGCCAAGAGAUAGACGCACACAGAAACACAACACAGCACCGGGCGGGCCAGGCCUUCGUCCACACACACUUCGAUCUGUCGUUCCACUGUUUGUGGUGCUUUGUAAAUAGGAUUUUUUUUAAAAUGAGUAAUUAGUUUGUGUUUAUUAGCCCUUCGUAUACGGUGCUACACAGGAUUACCCCUCAUGUAAGUGAAGCUCAGGUGACCGACAGUAACUCAGCCAUAGUGGAGGUGGCCUGAAAAGGUUUCCAAAGGAGCAGCUUUGUUGUCUUUUCUUUGCCGUUUGUGACUCGUCAGCCAGCAGAAGCUACAGUGCUGAUAUUGAUAAGGUUAGCAUACUUGGGUCCAGCUAGUGAAGCCCAGAUUGUGUUGUUUAGGCCAGAUUUCAGCCUAAAUCGUGAUGUAAUGGAGGUGAAAUGAUUCUAGGUUGUGGUGUUCACAGGGUUGAAAACUGAAUGUACAAAACUUACCAGACCUGGAUGCUCUGUCUGGUAAAGAACUCCGUUAUCCACAGUAACAGGUCUGGACUAUGAAGCAGGAUUUAAGGUUAGCAAGGCAACUUUUCAGGACUAUGACGCCCUACCCUGCACAUUGUGUUCAAGAAAGCAGCUCAAUAAACGAAAACCAAACCAGUUCUCUUGAAAAAUAUCGUCACCAUAUGGAGAAGAUCCCACAGAGCUCAGAUUUGAAGUUAGCAGGAUAACUUCGGGUUUAACUCUGUUUUUUUUGGGACUGUGGCGUCUUAUCCUGUACACCAUGUUGGAGAUCAACACGUAUAAAAACACUUUCAUCAGUUGUCUUGAAAAAUGACAUCAUUGUUCUUAGAAUAUCCUGUGAAACUUGGAUUUGUGGUUAAUUCAGGAUUAACUCUGGAUUUUCAAAACUAUAACGCCUUAUCCGAUACGCUAUGUUCGACAUAACUGAUCAACGCAUCAGCGAAAAAUUAUGUCAACAUUCGUAGAAGAUACCAAAGCUGUUAGCUUUGGGGUUAGCAAGGUAACUUCAGGUUUAGUUCUGGAUUUUCAGGGGCUACAACAACUUAUCCUGAACAUCUCAACUGCACCAAGAUAACGGUUCAGCACAUAAAAUGCCUCCUACUGACCAAUCCUAGAAAAUAGUGUCAGCAUUCAUUUGAAGUCAGCAAGAUAAAUUCAGGUUUAACUCUGAGUUUUCAGGAGUUUCGAUGCUUCUUCUGAUUUUUUGAAGGUUUAUCAUCGAUUAUCACAGCUACAAAAUACUUUUCCUGAAUUCUCAAAGACUCCUUUGACCUUCUGGAUGAAGAAAUAUUCUGAUUAACGUGCGAUAAAGGUGAUUUUUAAACUGUUAUCUGGGCUGCAACUUCCUCCCUGAAUUGAUGUUUCUGUUAAUUCAUGUUUUCUAACAAAAAUAUCAGCAUAAAGGUUAAAACAUCUUUUAAAUCCAGCAACAGGAGAGGAGUCUUUGAGGAUUUUAGGAUUAAUUUAAAGAUCCAACAGACUGAAAUUCAUAAAUAAUCCAGCAAUAGGAGGACUUUAAACCAGCGCUCGGAGGUGUCUGGAUGUUUAUUUUCCAUAAAUAAGUGACUAAAGUGUAACUAAAGCUGCUCUUGAAUCAUCAGUUUUUAAUCCUGUGACGACCACAACAGCAAACCUCCUCGCUGGUCUCUGUGAGGAAACACCGCGAGCGAUUCGGGGGAUGAACCACUAGAAAUGACUUUUAUGGCUUUUACACCUCAAAUAUCUGAAAAACAGUGUUAAUAAUGAUCUAAUUAGAUGAGUUCCUCUGUUUUAUACACCACAGCUACGUUUAUAUCCAGUGUUUGUCAGGGCUGCAGUGGAAAAUAGAUCCUAGGAUGAAAUAUUCUGAUGAUUAAUAUAAUAUUUAGCGUCCGAACGUGUUUUUUUUUUUGUUUGUGAAAUGUGUGUUUUUGUUUAACUUCUCCUCUUUAACUCCAAUGUAAGCCACAGCACUUGAGUUUAACAUCCUUUUCAUAUUUGCUACAAGGGAAGAUGUUUUCAGAUCGUGUUUUUGAGCAAUAACAAAAGGGAUAUUUAUUUUUUAUAAGCCGUGCCUUGUUUUUUUUUUUUCUACUUCACCUAUAGUGUUUGCUUUCACACAGAACACCACUCGGUGUGUCCGCAGAAAACGGACAUACGAAGGACAUGCAGUUGAAAUGUGCAGAAAUGUGACGAGGAUUCAGCCAUAGACGUGUCGCGCACUGUUCAGGCUUCACGGAGGGUCGAUGUUUUGUACUAACAGAGUCUCUUCUGCUUCUCGCUGAAUAAAACCAUGUGUGGAAAAUGUGA